AUGGGGAAAAUGAACUUCCCCGUCGUACUUUUAUUUUUGGCGUUUCUCCAAUUUAUCACUGCUCAAGAUUGGCUGAAAGUCUCUAAGCAGGAGCUUUUGGAUCUCAGGAAUUCAUUCAAUGCUUUUGAGAGUAAGAAAUCCGACAUUGUGUUCUUGGUUGACACUUCGGGCAGUUUAUACCGAAGCGAGUUCGACGAAGAAAAAAAAUUUGUCAUGAAUUUGCUCAACGAGAUGAGCGUAGGUAUGCAAGCCAACCGCGUGGAGGUGAUUCCGUUUGGAACCUCAGCUACCAAGUUCAUCACCCAGAUUUCAGACCCUAAGCCAACGAAGAACAAGUGUACAUUUAACGAAAUAUUCAACCCAAUGCAGCAGAGUAUUAAUGGGUAUAUGACGAACAUGAGAGAUGCUUUUGAGCUAGCAUGGCAGGUUUGCCUCAACAACGCGUAUAAGAGAACGCCCCUGACUGAGAUCAAAACUGUCGUUAUUCUCCUUACCGAUGGUUACUGGAAUUAUCCUUACAAUGAUCCCAGUCCUUUGCAAAGAGCACGGGAAUUGGUUACAGGCACUGUUGAGAUUUUUGCUAUAGGAGUUGGAAAUGGGGUUAAUCAGGCAAACCUUAGGAGCCUUGUUGAUCAGAAUAGCAUAGACAAGCACGCCUUUUUCUUGCACGACUUCAACGAAUUUGCGGAACUCGCAACCUACAUUAGAGGAGGUAAGUUUAGUCUUGCGCAAUUUUAACCAAAACAUAGGAAAAAAAACUAGUGCACAUCUGUGACCUGGAUUUACGAAAUUAAAUGAUCGAGCCGAACAUUUCAUACGAUUUAAACCUUUAUCGUAACCAUUACAAUUUCCUCAAAUGUGAUUAAUACAUUAGCCGCUUUUUUUCACUGAUCAUUCUGAACAGUUGUAAUCUGACAGUUGGCUGUAAUCGGACAGUUGAAGCAGCCAAUCAUACUAGGUUCACUCAGCUAAAUCCAUGGCCACCAAUAAUAGAAUUGAUCACAAUAACCAUAGCAACAACCACCUAUUAAAAAAAGAAAAAAAAAAGAAAAAAAAAAGCAUUAGGGAAUUUCCAAAUUGAAGACAUUUUUACGUUAGACAUUUCUCUACCGGAGAUGUUUGUCCUAAAUGUAUUUGUCAUUUUUUUUUCAGAAAUUUUAACAGUUAUGAUUAACUGGUAACAGGACAUCUUGUCGUUUAAUUCUUUCAGUAAUCAUACGAGUAAUAAACAAAAUCAGACGAACGCGAAGCGGGAGUCUGAUUUGUUAAUCACGAGUAUUGGAGUCCAUUCAAUCCUAUAUUGCCAUGAUUUACAGUCGAGGAGCAAAUCUCUGCACGCGCUUUAAAGAUUAAAAUCAUAGCACUUCAUCAUAUGUACAAAAGGUUUGCAUCCAUGUCAUGAUGGAUUUACAGCGAUCAUGAUAUGAAAAACAUUUUACAUAAAGAUGAAUAAAUACGCAAUAUAUAAUGUUACGUUAUUUUAUUUGUUUGUUAAUCAGACAUCAGAUAUGAACUAAAAUGUUUCCCUUGUCUUUUAGACCCUUAUGAAUACUUAUGGCAAACUGAAAAUGUGGACACGUCAAAAUGCAACGGCAAUUGUGAUCCCUCCGCCUAUUGCUCCUGCGGGUUGGUGUAUGGCGACUACAAGUGCUCAUGUCCCGCGGGAUUCGCGGGAUCUGGAUACGUGGGCCAAUGUAAAGGUACUUACUGAGUAGUUUAAAAAGAUACUGCGCCCCCCUUUCUGUGUGAUAAGUCUCAAGUAAUGUGCAGCUAUUUUGGACUAAUUGGGUCAUUUUGAAAGCAAAGAAAACAAAAUUAGCUUUAAAAAUGGAACGGGUGGCCAAAUUGGAGGAAGUUUCGAUAGAUGAACACACUUAUGAAAAAUGGUAAAAGUUUUAGCCUGGUCGUCGAAUUAUUAGCUGAGAAAAAGAAAUGUCAUCAGCCAGAAUAAUAAAUGUCCGUUAAUGAGAAUUUUCCUCAUACUUCUCUAGAUACACCUGGCUAUGCUAAAAAAACCCCUCAAACUCUACAUUUACCACGAAGCUGAAAUACAAUGAUAUCCCGCAGGACGCACAAUUGAUCAAAUCAAACCUUACUUUUGCAAUGACUGUGACUGCCCUCAUAAUGUAGAAGCGAUGCUUUAUAUUCUUAGAUGGAAGCGUAAAUAUUUCCUCUAGCCUUGAGCCAGGUUAAAAGCCUUUAAAAGACUUAAUCCCAGAAUUCUUCAAACGAUAAGUCUGACCGUGAAUUCUUUCCAUUUUUCAUUGUAAACUAGCAUGCCCAGCCUCCACCUACAAGUCAUUCCUUGGCUACGCACUCUCGUGUACAGCCUGCCCUGUCAACUCAGGUCAUUCGAAAAUCGGCAGCAUUACAAGGGGUGAUUGCAAGUGCUUUGAUGGAUAUGAAGGAACACCUGAAAACGGAAACGAUUGUACACGUAAGUCAUGUGUGAUCCAUGCUAUCGUAAUAGACUACGAGCAGUCCUUGCUCUUCGCUCUUCUUCUUCUUCUUAAUAAUAAUAAUAAGAAGUCAGUUAAUAACAAAAAGAAAAACUACAUAUUAGUGCGCUAUGGAAGUAAGGCGUUCCGAUCUUUCGGCUCCUGUCCAAUAAAGUUAUUUUCUUUUGACAGUCCGCAGUUGUGAUGCACUGACAAUUCCCGCAAACGGCGCCCUACAAGGAAACUGCUAUCGCACGUACGGAUCAAGCUGCACGUUUGCGUGCAAUGAGGGAUUUGAACUAGGAGGAACACCCACAAGAACAUGCACUGUCGACGAUGAAAAUAAAAUUUUCUAUAGUGGGACUCCUUGGACAUGCACAGGUAAAGUGAAAUAUCACAUAUAUCAAAAGGUUAAUCACAAUUACGCUAAGAGCUCCAGAUUUCAACCAUGUUGUCGUCGAUGAGGAAGAAGCUCGAGUGAACCAUCACACAAGUAAAAUUGAGAGCGAAUAAUCUAAUAGUCAUCCAGAACUUAACGAAAAGAUGGGCCCACUUUUUUUUUCUUCCUUUUUUUGUAACCGCACGCAAUGAAAAACUGCACUCUUUAUUCAUUCCUUAUCACCGCACGGAUUGUAUGGCGGGUAGCGAAGCCAGUCAGUUUGCAGCAUAGGUAAUAGAACGCAGAUAAUUUUUUUCUAAACUCGGAUUUUCGCUAUACAGUAGCAUUUUUUCCCUUUGGUCUCAAGGGCGUGUUCCUUAAGGAAGGGAGGGUGGACUAUUAACAGCCUAAAAUAUGAAAUUUCGUCCUUAGCGGGCAUUUCCUUUUUUUUUUCUUCAAAAUUGGCAUGUUUUGGAAUAGGACGUAUCCUAAGGAAACAACAAGAUAUUUGUAUCAUUCUCCCCAAAGAUAACUAUCAAAAAGAGAGCUAAUCAAAGACAGCAUUCUCGUGUAUGACGGCCAUUCCGCCUAUGAUUAUGAUGUAACGGAAACAUAAGCAACGUAGAAGACAAGCCAACGACGCUAAGUUUUGUACAAAUAAGACUUCUAAAACAGUGAAAACAUGUCUAACCUAAACCGUUGUUGUCGCUGAUUCGUCAAUAGUUAUUAGGUGCCCAGCGCAAAAAGUGGAUUAUGGAGAGCCUCCAUCGGGUACAUGCACCGAUGAACACGGAAACGAAGUGGCAGACUUAGUAUAUGGAACAAAAUGCAGUUUCACAUGCAGAAGUGACCGCUACCGCGUAGGAAAUGAAUUCAACACAUGUCAGCUGGAUAAGACAUGGUCACCAACAGCUCCCAGUUGCGAACGUAAGAGAUUCAAACAGUUACUUGAUUGAGACGCUGUAGAAACAAUCUUAACCCAAUGAGAGAUUAUCAAGUACAUAGAUUUUCAGCUUAGUACAUUAUCGGCCACUCUGCCUCUGUGGAGACGGCCGGAGUGGCCGACUUGUUGGGGCGCUGGUCUUGUUUGGUAGUCUCAGGUUCUCGCCCUCCGCCCCGCUACUCGCCAGAUUUGUUUUCAGUUGCCCUGAGUUCAACUCCUUGCCUGCUCUUUGUAUGGAUGUACAGCUAACCAGUCUGCCUCCUGCCAAUUGGGGUUCUAAGACACUAUGUUCAUUCCCUAUGUUUAUUUGUUUGAAUGAAUUAUUUCUAAAUUUGUCAACGCAUAGAGAAUAGUGAAAUGUAUCCUGCGAAAUGUUAUCGUAACAGUUGUUAUUUUUAUUAUCAUUGUUAUAAACCUUUAUUAUUUAUGUAACCAGGCGUAUGACUGUAAGUUUACUUUUUCAAGCGAUUACAUGUCCUGCGUUACCCAAAGUGCCAGUUGGUACGUACAACCCAUCAACCUGUGACAAUGGUACCAUGACUUACCCAUCGAGCUGUGAGCUGAUAUGUCCAUCUGGUUACCACAUAAAUUAUCUACCAACAGCAGUUGGGUCUGACUCAAGAUCCUGCUUGGUAAAUGGGACUUGGACGUACAGGGAAACUAGCCCGGAAUGCUUAGGUAUAUUUUUUUGUACUCUACAAAGAAAAUAUGCUACCUAUUUUUGAAUUAUCAUGUAUGUAACGUAAUCUUCCAAGUUCUUUAUUUAGAAUCCGUGUUAGCCCUUUACAUUUAGCAAUAGUAUUCAUAUUCUCCGCAACGGUUUUUUUAAGUUGCUAAUGGCGUUUAUAGGGAGAAUUUGUCUGAAAAUCAGGAGUUCUUUAAAUUAAUGAUCAUUCCCUUUAGGUGAUUGAAGGAGCAAUCUUUAUUAUCCAUGUCCAUCUUCUUUCCUCGAUGAUUUUUUUCCUCUUCAAUCUUCAAUCUGCCUGUUGUGAAGUGAUUACCUACGGUGCUCAAAUUGGUGCAAAACAUCGUGUAGUGUUUCCUCUAAGUUCAAGGGUGUAGCUGGGGGAGGGGGUUCAGGAGUGCCCGUGACUCCCCUCCCCUUUUAGUUAGCUUUUUUUUUCACAUUUAAUAGAACAUAGCGUGGAGGUUGACUUAACAAUUUGGUGAGUACCCUAUGGUUGACUUUGUGCGACCCCCUCCCCCCACCCCCUCUUUGAAAAAUCAUGGUUACGCCAUUGAAGUUACAUUGUAAAAUCAACAUUUCCCCUUCUUUCUCAGAUUUUCAACCACCUUCAUUUGGCAACAGCUGCCCGACACUUUUGGAGGUAAACAACGACCCGGGAAAAAGCGUAGCGACAGUAACCUGGAGUGUAAGUUGGACCGACAAUUCUUUAAUAGCGGACGAGCCAGGAAUAACCGUUGACUCGUUCCCGGUCGUCUUGACAAUAAAUGACAAGAACGUAGACACAAGUCUUCCUAAGCUGAUUGGUAUCGGUUCAAACAGUGUGAAGUAUGUCAUCACGGAUGACGCAAAGAAUUCUGGUUCGUGCUCCUUUACCGUUGUUGUUGCAGGUGAGUGCUAGCUUUUUCAUGACUGGUAAGAGUAUGCACAAGAGAAUAAAAAGAGUUGUGUACGUGGUGCAAUAAAUUUGCAUAUAAAAAGACUAAGUGUACCGUUAACAGCCAGAGGGAACACGAAAGUAUUAAAUUAUAUAGAAUUAAAGAUUCGCUAUAAGUUGUACCUGCCGCCCAGGGCUGUGUUCAACAACCAGCAGAUAUUGAUGUGACCACGAUUUUUCCAUAUACAAGUCGGACGGGACAGAUAAAGAUGUUGCUUGCACGGAAAGAAGAGACCUUAAAUUUAUUGUUAUAUGUGUGGAGUAACCUUACAGAAUAUCACUGCAUGGACGAACAGGUGAAAAAAUUUACCAGAAAAGCAGCUGUUUGCGAGACACACGUGGUGGUCCCUGCCAUUUCAGUUCAUUUCUGGGACGUUAUGGGUUUAGGUUCCUCAGUUUUCAUAAUGCAGGCUUCCAUUGUCGGAUUUUAAGCACAACUUACGCCAAUUUAAAACAGUGUGAGUAGUUAAUUGCCAUUCAUACUUUUGAAUGGCGAAAAAAGAUAUUCCACCGUUUCUUUGGAGCGGAGCUUACUUCCCCUUUAAUCUUAAUUUGCAUGUCAAGAUCCCGCACUAAAAUCGAGUCUACCCAAUAUCAUUGCACUGCUCUCGUUUUUGUAGAUACCGAGCCACCAACUUGCGGCUACUGUCCGACCGACAUCACCAUAGACAACGCUACCGAAAUUGAAAUCAGAGUCAAUUGGGACAGGCCCAAUUGUACGGAUAACUCUGGCAAUCCACCAAACAUCAAUUCUAACAGACAAUCUGGUGACCUGUUCAGUGUGCCAAGUUCUAGCGAAGUUGUCUAUACUGUAGACGAUGGCAAAAACGUGAACAAAAACUGCUCAUUCAGAAUAACCCUCAAGAGUGAGUAUCUUGCUUAAAAGUUAAACGAAUGUUUGAAUGAAUACCUCCUUAACAGUGCCUCCAUCAUAAAAUAUUUCUGGCACAAAGGGUUUUUUUCAUUUCUGGGAGUCCUAUGCCAGCCUGAGUAGAUUAAUUCCAAUUAAGGUCUAAAUCCUAGACAUUUACCUAUGCAGGCUGCACCGAUAUUCACGGUGCAGCCUGCAUAUUGCACGGCUCCAUAUCACCCUUACCUCCAUACCCUUUCUUGUUUUAUCGAACAAAUGUUCUCUGAGGGCAACUAAAAAGAUCAUUGUGAUUUCUUUCAAAGGCAUCUUUUUUUGGUUCCAACGUUCUCUCUUUCUAUAAAAAAUCCAGACUGUAUGCAUAGGAGCAAAUUGUACACGAUUCACCUUACUUGUCGAUCUCAGUUUACCAAACUCAUAUCAUUACGAUAAAGUUCCUAGGAAAGUCAAAUUUUACACCAGCACUCCAAGGAAUACCCUUUAUUUGGUGUCUUAAUUUGGCCUCGAAGUGUUUCAUCCGAGAAAAUCAUUACUUUGAAUUAUAAACUUGUUCAGUGGGAAACAUUGGUUGAGCUGCACUGAAGACCUGGCCAGGUCAUUGUGCUGUGUUCUUCGACAGGACAUUUUUUACGCUAACUCUCUCCACCCAGAGCUAGAGAUGCAAAUGAGCAACGGUGAACAGUUGGGAAAUCAUGAGGUAAGGCUGAGAGAGGGGAGAAGGGUAACCUGCCACGGAUGAGCAUCUCAUUCAGGGGUAGUGGAAAAUGGGGAGAAGCUUCGCCGGUGAGGGCCAGUUAGCUCGAGUGCUGACUGCAUAUGUUAUACGGUUCUGUUGUUAAACUAGACUCAUUUCUAUGGUAUAUUUCAUCUUUAAGAAAAGAGCUGCCCUUUGUAUGCGCCUCCGAAGAAUGGUGCUUUGAGCUGUCACACCAUUGGACAAGAUCCCACGUGCAGCGUGCAAUGUCAAUCAGGCUUCGAUUUUGUUUUCAAUCCUCCUUUCCUUUACUACUGUUCAUCUGGAGAGUGGAAGUUUUAUGGUUUGCCAAGUAUUCCAUAUUCAACAGAAUUGCCCUGGCCCGAUUGUUCAGGUAUUUAGGUUGACAUAACUGUGAUCAUCGGUUAAAUUGUUGAUACAAUUACAAUUACAGUUAGGAAGCCGCGUGGUCGAGUGAUUGGGACGCUGGACUUGUAAUCUUGUGGUUCUGGGUUCAAGUCCUCCACCCUGCCAUUCUCUGGAUUUGUUCUCGGUCGCCCCAAGUUCAACUUCUUGGCUGCGCUGUGUAAAUAGCCAACUGGUCUGCUUCCUGCCAGUUGGGAUUUUCAAGCCCUUUAUAUUAUGUCUGUUUGAAAUAUUUGUUCCUCUCUCCCCCUCUCUCUUUUAUAUUUUAAAGCGCUUAGAUAAGCGCUAUAUGAAUGGUUAAUUUAAUUUAAUUUUCCGUGGAACCCGGCAAAUUCCAGUUUUUAGGGGAAACUAUAGAAAUUUCGAAAUAGCAAAGAGUGCGAAUCGCUUAUAAAAGACAUAAACCAAAACAAUAUGCUUCGGGAUAAUUGAUUUCGGUUUUGAUGGAGAAGAUUAAUCAAUGGAUACCUUUGGAAAGUGUUUCACCAAACUGUAAAACUUCUCAAGCACGCCUUAGGCUAUGGUAUAAGGCUAGCCUGGAAGCUGAUUUUUUCGCCCUAAAUACUUAGGGAAUUUCGGUUUCACUGCAAACUGGGUGCCUGUGAAUGGUAAAAAAUAGUGUUAGAGAAGUUAACUUCUUCCAAUGUUGUAUCCCAGAAACAUUUCUCCCUGGUGGAACAGAGUUUUGAAUUUUUUCAUGAUCAACCACUGUCUAGAUAUAAAUUUCCUUUUUAUCGUUUAGAUUAACAAAAGCCUAGUUAGAUAAUAUAAACAAAAGCCUAGUUAGAUAAUAUAAACAAAAGCCUAGUUAAAUAAUCAAUAGCUGUUCUCUUAACAAAUUGGUUUCUUUAUAUUUGCAGCGACUGCGAAUCCUUCAUAUAUAAAAAUGUUUGGUAUAGCCGGGUUCUAUUACGAUGGGGACUGCAAUGACCCUAAUGUGCAAGAUCAAAUAAAACAAAACUACCUUACACUUCUUAAUUCCCCAUUUGUUCCACCAUUCUUCUGCGAGGAGAAACCUGACGAGUGUAAUGUCAAUACUAUUGAAGUCUCAUGUGGCGAAAAAACAGCUGCGCAGAGAAGGCGAAGACGAAAUUCGGAAAAGGUGGUAAGUAUCAGAGGGGUUCUGUAGCCUGUUUCUCGAAAGUCCUGGCGAAUUAACGGGCCCAAAACUGUAUUUUGCAAUCAAACUUUAAAGAAUAGAAAAGCAGGUUCUGACACCCUAACCAGUAAAUUUUGUUUCUUUAGCUGAAAGUUUUAUUGUACAAUUUUCAAAACUUUUUCAACCCUUAUAUUGAAUGAAAAGAGAACAGCUUUACAGCCCCGAUAAGUUACCGGGGCUUCGAGAAACGGGCCCCUGAUUAGGAGAGUUUAAGGGGGUGAUAGUUUGUCCAACAUCCUCUAUCAUUUGACAAACCCUAAAGAAAACUUACCCCCGUGUUUCUUUAAAAAAAAUAUUUAAGCCUUUCAGACUUAACGCCAAGUGGUGCAUGGGACAUCGACAAGCUUCUCCCUUAUCUAAUUGGUCAAAGCUGAGGGCUUGCUCCAGUUGUGGUUUUGAGUUUUGCCUCAACUGUCCUUCUCCGAGCAAGAUAAAUACAAACAAACAUGAAUUUAUAUGGUGAUAUGCAAUUAUUAGGUGAAGCUGAGCACGAUAUCCUGAAUUAUUAAAGCAGAGGUCUGAUAAUUCCUGAUAUCAUGCGAAUAACUAAUUAAUUAAUUUAUUGUUUUAUCAUAUAUUUCUUAAACAAUCUGCAAAAGAAGACACUUCUCCCUGAGUUUGAGAACUCUUCACGGACGAGGGGCUUAUUAGGCAGAUUUUGAACUCGGCAUAAUAAACCAAUAUCUGCUGCAGAUAUAUACAAGUCAACUUCACUCGCUACUGUAUAUUGAUUAUGCUCUCUAAUGCAUAAUAAUCUGAAUUAUACACGCAAUUUCAUUGGCCCUUACUUGUGAUCUAUUGAAGGAAAGACGAAAAGAUGACGUUACGUUGACUGAAUGUUGUUGUUGUUGUUUUUUAUCAUGUAAAAUAAAUAGAUUCUAUGUUGCUCUGGUUUGUAAAGUAAAAGAUCACCAAAUAAGUCAGAUGUAGUUAGAACAUCGGUGACACACUCGGCUGCGUCUCGUGUGCUACGUUUAGUUUUUUGUGCGAUAUUUUGAAGUCAUCUUUGGUCUAUUACUGGAAAGACGCCGGGCAACAUGGAAUCUACUUGUUAAAGAAACAUGUGCACAUAGCUAUUUAUAACAAAGCUUUACAAAAGCGCGUCUUCUGAUUGGCUAAAACACUCGAUCCAUUUGCCCGUGGGUUGCAUGCUGAUGCCAGUUUUUAUUUUUCAUCACGAAACGAAAGAUGUUUGAAAGUCUAAACGUUAAAAAGAAAUGUGCAGUUUGCAAUCAUCGAAACUCCCAAGUGCAUCCAUAACUCAAUGAUUGCGCGCUGCACGCUAACCAUUUCUUAAACAUACAUACGUACGUAUGUACAUUCGUAAUACUUACGUACAUACGUAUGCACAUUCAUGCUUUAUUGUAUAGGGGUUCUCUAGUGCUAUACAAAAAUUGGAAGACUGGUCAAUUUGAAACCGUGUCCUCCAGAUUUUUAAAUCCAACUCCCGCCCCCACGCGGCUAUUCUGAGUCUCACACUUGAAAGUAAUUCGAUUAUUUUUGUCUACUCAAGGUAAAUAUCAAAUAUAUAUACGUUGACAAGAAUACUGGGCUUACACCAGGGACUAAUGACCAAAAAGGUCAGGAUGAUUUCAAUGCACAGAAAACUAAGACUGAGGGGGACAGGACUCAAGUUCUGGACGGGAUCAAGCAAGUCAACUGGGUGGAAUACAAGGCAAGCUCUGGUUUAGAGUUGAUCGACUACAACGUCGAUAACUUUAAUCUCGGACAUCCGGAAGCUUUUUGCUCAGAAGACGGUGCUGUGGUAAAGAAGUGUACCGCAGCCAGCUGUUUUGCUCCACCUUGUAAAUGUGCCGAAGACACGGGAGAUGUCACGAAGUGCAGUAAGUAAACUAAUACGUUUUUGAGUACGAGGUUGAGUACGAGGUUCGAAGGACUCUUGGGGAUGAUCACAGAUCACAUGGUUUUUUAGUAAGAACACUGGUCAACUUUUGUUAAAUUGUUAAUUUGCAAACUGCUCGAAACUUAGACACUAUCGAGGUGUCAACGGGGUUUCUUGGGAGGACUCUCUGCCUCAGAUCCAUUUAAAAUAGCAAUAUGGGAGUAUUUUUCUAGCAAUCUUCGCAGAUAGUGAAUAUCCCUCAAAUUUUCGCAAUUAAAAAGGAUCAAGAAAAGACUUUAGCGAGAAGCACCUAAAGUCAACCGUUAAGCAACGAGCAGUACCUCCUUCUUCACGUUGUCCACCUCGCGGUGAAAAAAAUUAGCGAAGAACUAGUGAUGUUAAUGUGCUACGCGGAAUCUUACUUUUAGUGCGCCUUACUCCAAGAGUCCCGCUGGCGUGUUAAUUUAAUUUUUUUCUUCACUGAAUUUUUUAUUGCCCCGCAAGAUGGACUUAGUUGAAGACGACAGAAUGCUUGUACUCUAGUCAAUCGCUGUAUACAUAAAUUCAAUCAUAAAUUCUCAGUUUCUCUCCAGUCUUAAACCUAAGAUAAUUUGGAAAUGCUAAGUGAUUAUGUUUUCUUCUAACAGCACGUUGUCCCAUUGGAACAUACUACAAUGUUAACAAAGAUGACUGUCUUUUGUGCCCUGAGGGUCAAUACAGCCCUAAUGAGGGUGCUCUGGCAUGCGAAAAAUGCCCUGAGGGGACUUGGACACAGGGUACCAGGAAAGAAAACUUUACAGCUUGCACAGGUAAUGAACAUUAUUUCUUGUUUCUUCCUUGUGAGUGAAAGAGUCUCUGUGUUGAAGAAUAGAGAAAUAACAAAUAGACAGCUUAGAGAUGCUCACAAAGCUUUCUCUUUCUUUUUAAUGCGUUCUUGGAUGGUUCUUUGCAUCAUGCAAUUCCUAAAUCAGCGCUGGUUUACUUAAAUGUCAUUUCUCGACGAUAAUGAUAUGGCAUCGCUACAUCCUCCUGAACACCCUCUUAAUUUUAGCUUCAUGUACCCGUCUAUAACUGAAAAAAAGAGAUUUUGGUAAGACGACUUUAUUUAUUGUUCAAUUGCAACCACAAAAUCAAGUUUCAUAUUUCUACAAAAUUUUAUAAAAUUGCUGAGGUCAGGUCAGGAAAAAUUUAGGUGGUUCCAAAAUAUUUUUCAAUGCCCCUUUUUCUAAAGUUUUACUUCCUCGAGAAUUCAGCAUUUACUUUUGAUUUAUUUAUCUGUAUUUGAACAUUACAGAUGAAUGUGGCCCAGGAUUCUUUUCUUCAACUGGCGUAGCCAAAUGUUUCGAAUGUCCCACUGGAACGUACUCAUCAGAUCAACGUAACAAAGCUUGUACACAGUGUCCUUUAGGUACAACGACUGUCAAGGCUGCUGCUAAAGGAAUUCAUGACUGUGGAAGUUAGUAUAUUCCUCUCUCAAUUGCAUAUUGCCAGUAAGAGCGUUUUAACUGUUUAAUUGAAAACCUUCCUCACGCAAAGUCAAGGCUAUAAGUAAUAAAUCUUUGUAGGUUUAUCGAUUGUCUUCUUCACCUCCCAAUAAAUACGCAAAAGGGAGCAGCGGUGAGUGUGGAAAAAAAAUAGGAAAUGGCAAAGCCUUAGGAAAAUAUUCACACUAGAUGAAAAGAACAACAAUGUAAAAAACUUUUUUCCUUAUUUCCUACUAUUUGUUCUCAACUCCUAAAAAACUCUAUCAUUUUAUAAGAUCUGUUGCCCUUUGAAGGCUUGGAUAAUCAGAAGUCCAUUAUAUCUCAGUUAAUUUCCAAAAAAGAAAAAUUUCAAAACAAUAUCCUUAACGGAUACUUUAAUAUUUAUUUUCACACAGUGGAAUGUGCUCCAGGAACCUACUCAGACAAUGGUGUAGAGCCUUGUUUACCUUGUCCACAAGGUACCUAUCAACCAAAUUCUGGCCAAACGACAUGCCUGCCUUGUCCUGGACAAGAAUCUACACAUGGAACUGGGGCGAGCUCUCAAGCGUACUGUGGAGGUAUGAUUUCAUUUAUCUUUGUUAUUACUUUGGGUAACCCUUGUUAUUGGUGUUUUAAAUGAUCGAAUUCGCUCUUUUAUCAUGUUUUUAUAUAUAUAUAUAUGCACAUAUUUUUAUCCUUAAAUAUUUUUAAGCAGGGCCCCGAAUAUUAUGAAUAAAUAAAUGAAUCAAAUGAGCAGAAAGUUUCUUGGUGUCAUGUGCACGUGAUCAAAGGACCUUUCUAAAUGUUAACGGUGUGGGAUCACGUUUCUUGUCACGAAGUCACGAGAUUUACUUUUAUAGCGCGAACAAGAUGUCGCGCUGAUCAACUGUUUCUAGAUUUGUCUAUUCGAAAAACAUUGGAAAAAAAAGGGGUUUACCACGUGACAUGAAGUUGCUCAUUAAAAAACAGAAAACCAUACAAUAAGACAAGAAACAAACCAAACUACGUGAGCAAAACGAAAACAUUUUUAACUGACCAUCAGCCUAAUUUAUUUCCUCAGCAUGUUCUUCUAUCUUAAGUAAUACUGACUAAGUGAUACUGAUAAUGAUAACUGUAAUCAAAGCCUCAUCACGAGGCUUCGAUUACAGUUAUUACCGGGUAUUUGUCGAAAUGGCUUUUAUAAAAGAAUGUAUUUCAAUUAGAAACUUUUCCCCCUGUAUACCGGUUCAGUCAUGAGGAUAUUCAAAAUGUUUGUUGGUCAACUUCAUAAAUUCAACGUGUAAUUCUCUUUCAGAGGUUAACACUUGUAUUUCGAGUCCCUGCAGCAAUGGUGGAAAGUGUGUGAACACGAAAGAAUCAUAUCGAUGUGAAUGUCUAUCUGGCUACCAAGGGAAGAACUGCGAGACAGAAAUUAAUGAGUGCCUCGCGACACCAUGUUACGCCUCCUCUACUUGCGUCGACAAGGUAUGCUUUAGAACGAAAACUUAGUCAUCACCUUUUUAAACAGUAGCACCAACUAGGCGCGAAAAUAGGCGCGGAUUUUUGUUCGCGGACACGAUCUGUUUCGAAAAGUGAGCAGUUUUUCGGGAGCCAAGAGGUUCUUUUGGUCGUAUUUUUUAACAAAUAAAUGUAUUUUCUUUUGUGACAACGGUAAUCGCUGUCUUCCUCUACACGUAAUAAACAAUCUACCUGACCAUUUAUAUGCAUUAUGCAAUACAUGCAUGAUCGUGAAUCAUAUAUCAAACAAGUUGCAUUGUUCAAUUUUCAUAGCCUGGUGCAUUUGCAUGUCUUUGUCCUUCGGAAUACACCGGAAUAGAAUGUGAACUACCGUUUCUCCUCUGCACACGAGGAUACUGUCAAAACGGAGCAAAGUGUAUCGAUAAAGCGGGAACAUUCGAUUGCCAGUGUCAACAAGGGUACAGUGGAAGAUACUGUGAGGUGAAUAUCGAUGAAUGCGCGUCAAAUCCGUGCCAAAACAACGGUGUGUGCAUUAGUGGUUUAGACAACUACAUGUGCAAGUGCCAACAAGGAUACAGUGGUAAGAACUGCCAGAUAAAUAAUGAUGACUGCGCCGGCGAUCCCUGCCAGAAUAACGGGGUCUGCGUGGAUGGCAUUCAAUCAUACAGCUGUACAUGCCCAGCUGGGUACUCUGGGAAAAACUGCGAAGUAGCCAUCGAUCAUUGCGUUGGACAGCCCUGUGCUAAUGGUGGCACUUGCACGAAUACGCCAACAGGUUACAAAUGUAGCUGUAUGCCCUCAUAUUACGGAUGUCGCUGCACUAAAGGUAGGGCGCAAAUUUUUUUCCAUAAGCAAAGGCACUGAUAAAUAGCUGUCCAUUGAUACUCCACUCGAGGAACGAACAGUUCCUUCAGAGUUACCGUUUGAACGCUUUACUUUGCUCUGUGAUUGGUCAAGAAUGGUCGCACCACUUUCUCAACCAAUCAGAUACAAAACUACAACUAAUCACGACUUAAUCGCCUGCGUUUCCCGCGCUUUUGGAAGUUAGAUUGUUUUUAUUUUUAUUUCACAUUCGCCCUUACAUAUAGAGGAUUUUUUUUUCGCCGAUGUGACUACUUACCCUACUUUGGUCUUGCGUUUUACGACACUCAAUCUAAAAGCGCUCCAUUGUAACUAAUCCUGUUGUUUUGUUUCCACAGUGCUCUCCACCGACUACGACUUGUCUUUUCAAGUGCGACAAGCCAAGUCCUAUUCUCGGCUCAAAAAGCAAGUUUCAGACAUUAGCGCUCUAACCAUCUCAUUUUGGAUGCGUACCAAAGACACAAACCCGGGUACAGUACUUUCCUAUGCCACAACAGUGAACAACGUCUUACAGGACAAUGCACUUACCCUACAAGACUACGCUGGGUUUAAUCUAUUUGUUAAUAACAAAACUGUUUUCACGGGCGUGAAGGCAAUUGACGGACAGUGGCAUCAUGUGGCAGUCACAUGGGAAAGUUCUGGAGGUACGUGGCACUCAUAUAAAGACGGAGUUAAAGUGAAGAGCUCUACUGAAGCCUUUCAGCAAGGUGAAAUAAUAAAGGGCGGAGGCGUCUUGAUUCUUGGUCAAGAACAAGAUGAACUUGGGGGCGGCUUUAACACCGAAGAAAACUUCAUCGGCGAUGUAAGUCAGAUGCACAUAUUUGACAACGUCCUGUCCGCUACAGACAUUUAUAAUCUGGCAUACAGUUGUGAUCAUGUCAAAGGAAAUGUUGCAUCUUGGGGUGACUUCAGAGAACAGUUAGAUGGAGAGUAUCAUGUGACUGACAAGUCAUACGCUUGUGACUGUGAGUAUUAUGUUGGCCUAUAUCCUUUCUUUCAAUAUCUGUGGUCCACGACUAUAGUUUAGAAAAACCUAUGAUGCCGUCGAGGGACAGUUUAACGAGUGCAAAAUUUGCUUGUGUCAAACCUUAGUCAGCCCAAUGACGACUGUGGCUUGAGAGGCUUAAGAUUAUUCGGUUACAUACUUUCACUGACCCAAUGGUUCGCGCGGUGAAAUCCUAGUCAGGAAGUUUAGGUUCAAGCCCUGAUUAGGUCACUGUGUUGUAUUCUCAGGUGGGGGCAAGGAGCUUGACUCCCACAAUGCCUCACUCCAACCAGGAGUAUGAAUGAGUAGCUGCAAAUUGUCAAGGAGAUGAGGAAAUAAUAACUUUCAUUGUUGCUUCGUGUUACGAAAACUGGGAUAAUCUCUGACGACGUAGGCAGGGGGCUCGAGGGUAGUCGUACUUACCAUGCGUUGUUCAUGAGUUGAAAACGAGCAGGCUGUGAUUUUAUGCAAGUCUUAUGAAAAAUGAUUCAUUGCUAAACGGCUUACUGAGAAAUUGUCUUCUCAAUCUCUUUCAGUCAACGCUGCUCAGAGACAAUUCUUCCUGACGUACAACUCAUAUAUAUCUGGAAGCGACGAUAAAGUGGUGGAUAACACCUCCCCGGAAGCCUGCGCUUCGUCUUGUCGGUCGGAAGCUUCGUUCAUCUGUCGAUCCUUUGAGUUUGACAACUCAACCAACCGAUGUGCCAUGAGCAGCAAGUCGUCAUAUAACACUGGACUGGCGAGUGCAUCAAAUUAUCGAUUCUUUGAGCUAAGUAAGUGCACAUCACUAGCAGCUCUUAUAUAUUCUUUAUGAUUCAAUAGUGGUGUGUAUUGUGAAGCUUUCUGUUAGUGUCACCAAUAGUAUUGCUGGGUAGCUUUUUGUGUUAUGCUGUGGGCUUUAUCAGGUAGCAGUCUUUUUUACCAUUCAUGAGUAAAGGGGGUAAGUUUCUAAAGGAAAAUGAAAAUUAUCUUUCAAAUCGGCCCUUUAUCCCCAGAGUUUUAACGAACGCUUUUCACUCAACUAAAAUAUUUUUGUUUUUCUUGUUGCCAUGUCCCCACCAAUAGCGUAGCUCCAUUUUCUGCAUAUAACAAAGGCACGCACAACCUGUAAUUCCUCAAUUCACUCUGACGAAGGGCUAACGCUCGAAAUUUUAGCUUUAGAAACUCUUUAUAGCGGCAAAUUUACAUUGUCAACUCAUUUGUUUUAACCAAAUUACUUUGUACCAUUCAGUUUUUUGAUCGCAUCAUCAAACAGAAUAUAGACACUAUUAUUAUUGGGGCAUCCUUUACUCACAAUUUAUCAUUGCUAGUACCUAUGAAUACUUUUAGGGAUAACUAGAGCAUUUGUUAUGAAUGCAAUUUAAUCAACUCGUAGUCUGAAGUAAUACGGCAAACAGUAUUAAUAACAUCACUGAGGUUUACUAUGAUGUUGCAGGGGCAACCUUUCGUACGAAACACCUCAAGGAAGGAGAGAGUGCUGUUAGUCCUUAAUAUUUGUCUCUUCUUCUUGCAGACUUCCUAGGAAAUCUUCCUUCCCCUUGUAGACUGCCUUAACAGUCUUUAUUUCUUCUUGCAGAUUGCCUUAAGAGUCUUGGUGUUGGAGCUAAAAGUCGCAUCCCUGACUCUGAUAUGUCAGCAUCAUCGCAGUAUGCCGCAACCCACGCCGCGAAAUUUGGUCGCCUAAAUGCGCAAACUCAGCAAAAUUCAGCAGGACAGGUAGAAGAGAACGGAGGCUGGGCUGCUUCAACCAACAAUGCUAACCAGUAUCUCCAAAUCAAGUUUAGCGAGGUCUUCCAGAUUUCUGGGGUGAUAACUCAGGGAGCAAGCGACGCUGACCAGUGGGUGACGAAGUAUAGACUUGAGUACAGCAGCGACGGAGCAUCUUGGACUUACUAUCCUGAUGUAAGUAAGCAUGACUCGUUUGGCGACAAGGAAUCAAAUCUUUAUUCGAUUAUGAAGGGGCUAAUCGAUAGCCGUAAAACGGCCAAAAAAUUCAGCCGUGAGACGUAAAAAUUGACCAAAAUUGACCAAAGUUCUGGUGAUAACAAUGGAACGAUAUUAACCGUUAGCCGUAUAAGCCAUCACCUUAUAGAGAAGUAAUUAACAGAGGUGGUGCUUACGCAGUUUCUCCUUAUGAUUUCAAUAUAUUGACCAUCAAACGGGUGAUAACAACAAUGGGUGUUAAUGUCAUAACACACCAAUUCAUUUCGUGUGUUUUAUAAAGAAAUUCAUGGCAGUCUGGUUGAGACUUUCAAAGAGGACCUCAAGAACUACGGGAUUGCAAAAGUUGAAACAAGAUUGAAAAUCGUGUCAUUCAAGAGGGAUGUAAAUUAAGUGAAAAAGUAAUCCUCGAUAGCGAGCUGAAUUUUUUUUAAGCAAUUGCAGGGAAAAAAGUAGGUUGAAAAUAUUCAAGCUACGAAGGUUUUCCAGCCGUUACCCACAAACUACUAGAAAACGAGGAGGAAGAGACAAAAAAAUUGAAAAAAGAAAACCGAGGAGGCGAGCAGUUUCCGCUAGUGCUAAACUGGGAGGGAAAGAUCGAGUCAAUUUUUAGUAAAAACAUAAACAAAACACACUCAGCAAAACAACAACAACAACAGCAAAAAUAUUAGAAAAAAAAUAGAAACAAAUAAAUAAACAAUAUUGAAAAAUUAGGAAAAAAUAGUUAAGACAUUGAGCAUUAUCUGUUCUUCCUCUUAAAUAUGAACACAUUGAAAUCUUUCAGACUCUUAAUGGCAACAGUGACCGCAAUACUGAGGUCCGCAAUGAAGUCAGAUUGUUUCAAGCCAUGUAUCUUCGAUUCAGACCCCAAGAAUGGUAUGGCCAUAUAACGAUGAGAGUUGAUGUGAAUGGUUGUCCAUUGCGUAAGUGCAAAUAUUUGAAUUUUUUUCGUUGCUGAGGUGUUCAUUACAUCAUUCUUACCAAAUGUGUCAACGGGAAUAUGGAGCCCACGUCUUAACUUUAGAAAAAAACAACCUUCUGCCAAUAACGUGAAACAAACAGCUAGAUUUAACAUAGAUAUAACUUUAAUAUAACCUUGUUGUGUUGUGGAAUAGUUAUUUCUCUAUGUACAGGUUUUCCACUUUCUAUUCAAUGUGAAUUCCUCUAUGAUUUAUAUCAUAUCUGAUGAAAUAUUUGUGGGACGGGGGGGGAGGCUUACUUUGCGGCAUAACUCGGGGUCACUCCAAUUUAUUCAUAGUUCACUAUCGACUUACUACGGAAAUAAACGGUCUAUCAUGUCACCUGUCAUAUUUGGAUGAUGCUAAGAAUAAAAAUACUAAUACUAAUGUUAAUGAUCAUAAUAAUGAUAAUGCUUAUGGUGAUUAUCUUAACGAUAAUAAUAAGUGUUAUUAUAUAAUCUAUCAAAAACAAAAAUAUAUUAUUUACUCGAGCGAGGCAAAUACUUUAACAUUACAAGAGUGAUGAUUCGCUACAAAGUAGAAAAAACGCUCAGUGGAAGAAGAAAAUUAUAAAAAAGAUACUUGUAUGGCAUUUUAGAACAACAUUGCAGGAUCAUAAACGUGAUCGCUUGUGAAUCAGAGAAAAAACUUUAAGACAAGAAUUGUACAUUUUUUUCUCCAAAGCUGUCGCCAAACCAGCAGAUAACACGGAUGAAUGCAGCAACUCACCUUGUAAGAAUGGAGCAGCGUGUGUUAACAGAUAUAAUGACUACCUCUGUAUGUGCCCCGGUGGCUUUACCGGAAAGAACUGCGAUACAGGUGAGCAACCGCUGAUAUACAGUCUGGGGAAAGGACGAUAGAGUUGACCACGGAUAAUCGACGUAAUAAACGAGACCAGCUUAACAGAUACUCAGGCAUACCGAGAAAUACAGACUGACAACACUCGGGUUGGAUAUGCAUCAUAAAAUAGAGGAGGGACAAAGGAAACACAUAGGCAGCUAAAGAAAGUAAGGCAAACAAGACAAGAAGCCGUUCUGCAGAUAUAUGAUUGGUAAAGCGAAAAUUCAGGGAACGAAGAGGCACAUAGACAAACCGAGAGUCAUACAGACGACAUACAGAUAGAUUCACUCAGAUGGGCAACAAAACAAAGCUUACAUGCAAUCAGGGUAGAAAAAAAAGACAGACUUCCUUACACGUAUAGACACGCAAUUGAAUGAAAGAUGAAGAAGAAUAGAGCAAAUAAAUAACCAAUGGAAUAAAACUGUGAGUUGUUGACACGUGGGACAGCCUAGCAAAGGAAUCACCAGUGUCGUAAAGAUGUUACUUAUUUUAAUAAUGAGAGCUUACCUUGAAUUUAUUUCUGUUUAGCGACCAACUGUAGACCAAUCGGUGCACCACUUUACGGCUCAAAGUCUGGUUCCAAUUACAACGCAGGAAGCACAAUCACAUUUACUUGUAACGCUGGUUAUACCAUGCGGGGAUCUUCGUCCAGAACGUGCCAGGGAGGAGGAUGGACUGGGUCCAACCCAAGAUGUCCGGGUAUGUAUCAUCAGCUUUUUGAGCAUGAUCGGUUUCGACAUUUUCCCGCCAUUUUUCAGGUACCUUUUACUCAGGGUCAUAAAAUAUGUCAGGAGAAUGUGCUGCCUUUGGUCUGUUAUCCGCAAAUGGUUCGGCAUUCUAGUCUUCUUGGAUAGAUAGGACGUUAAACUGUAGGUCCCAUCUCCUGCAUCUUCUCUGUACCGGUUCGCAAGGGACGUGUGAGAUCCCACUCACUUCUCGUAAAAAGGGGAACGUAGAGUCACUCUGUUAAAUAUCACAAAUGAAUGAACACAUUUUGUGACUUGGAUAAAAAUUUUCCUUUUUAAUACCCAUGUAUAACCUUCGAAAUAGCACAAAACUUAAAAAGUGACACAAAAUAUAAUGGUAACGAAAAAUGUAACUACUUUCCUAUUGGACAAUGUGAUUAGUGGUUACACAACAUGUACUGAUAAAAGCCACGCUAAAUGUAAUGACGCAAAAUAUAAUAACCUUUUCACAAAUCUCUCCCUGAUCAUUUCAAAUUUUAUUGAUGUAACUGACUUAAUUUCUUCCUUCUCAGAUACGGAUGAGUGUGCCAAUAAUCCUUGUAACCAGUUUUGCACAAACACUAACGGUGGAUACGUCUGCCAUUGUCAUAAAGGAUAUGAGCUUCAAGGAAAUACCAACUGUGUUGGUAGGAUAAGAGAUGACAUUUAUUGCACCUUAAAUAUGCAUUUUUUUUAUAUUUUCUUUAACCGGAUAUUCAAACAACGACACAACUUAGCUUUGAGUUUUGGAAACCACAGAGCUCUCAAAUUUACAAGUCUAAUCAUCAGCUGCUUGGGCGUGGAAAGAAAAAGCAGCAACAACUAUUACUUCGAUCUCAGCUACUUCGACUUGUCAGUAGAGAGAUUACUCAAGACUAUCAAUGAAGAUGAAUUGCAUGAAUUUUUCUGAGCGAGUUUGACAAGUAAACAUUAAAAAACACGAAACUGACAGAACCAAUUCAGGGCUAAGAACUUUUCAUUUUGUGAUUGUUUAUGUUCUCGUUAUGUUCGUUUUCCAGAUAUUAACGAAUGCUCAACUGAGAACGGAGGCUGUUCCCACUCUUGUCACAACUCUGCUGGUGCAUUCUCAUGUUCCUGUCCAACCGGGCUCGCACUGGAUUCUGGUAAAAGAAGCUGUCAGGGUAAGAUUUUAUAAAUAUAUGCUAUGAUUAAUUUGACGAAAGGAUAACUGAUAUGCUUCUUUCUGCAUACUAACUGUAUUCAAAUUAACUAAGAGAUGAGAGAAAGAGAGAAGGCCAUAAAUUUUCUAAUCAAUAUUGCAACUAAGCACGUUGACUUUCAGUGGUCAAUCCUCGCAUUCCUUGAAAAAUUUGCUGUUCUGUUGUUUUAACGAUGGAAGAGGUAGUCGAUGGAAGAGGUAGCCGUUGUUUCCUGGAUUUUUUUGCAGUAUAAAAAUAGUUUACAUUUUAAUUGAUUUAUCGAUAUUUUUUCGAUAUCAAAAGACCUAAGUAGUGAAAAUGACCUUGGCAACUACGACUUAGAAGUAAGUAAAUCAUCAUGGUGAGUAACAUUCAUGAGUCAAGAGAAAGAGAACAAUAACCAUGACGCCAUUAAUACCUCUGAUACCAAUUACAGUAGUCAUGGUCCUCACGCCAUCUCAUUUUUCGCUUUCAGAUGUCGACGAGUGUGCUACUAACAAUGGUGGCUGUGAACAUUCUUGCGUCAACACAUACCAGUCCUUCACCUGUGUUUGCAGACAGGGAUACACUUUGGGCGGGGAUAAAAAGACCUGCCAAGGUAACUGAAUGCGGGUAUGAUUCGGUAAUGCGAGCUUUCAGUGAAACGCUUGAGUAAACGCUCCGUAAAGGUAAUAAUAUGAUUUCGAGUGAGUGCAAUUUUGUGUUAAUAAGCUCAAGUAUAUUUUUCAAAGACAAACAAAAUUGCAACGAGAAAGUCAAGAAAGACGAAAUUUUGAAAGCGUGCGCGCUAUUUGUAAUUUGCACUCGUGUUACAACUUUGUACUCGUAUUACUUGCGAAUGCACACGUUUUCAGCCAAUCAGACGGGAGUAAUUUUUUUUCAAGUACAUUAUUCACACACUCACAUCAGCAAUAUUUUCUAUACAUUUCUUAUGGUGCCAACAGUGAGAAUUCAUUUAACAUUCACAAGCCUUUUUAGUCGGUGAUCAUUUCCUUUAUUCUCAUGACCUCAAUUUAUGAUUCAGGGGUGAUCCUGUAAGGAGAAGUUAGAUGCUAGUCACCCUUAGAAGUUGGAGGAUUAAAAACUGAUUGAACAGUUUUAUAAAAAGCGAGAAAAUCAAUUACUGUCACUUUGAAACGUGUUGUCAAUUUUCUUACGCAAAAAUUCCGUUUGGGAACACUUGGAACCUGACCCAUUUAAUAUGACAUUUAAUAUGAUGAUAACACACGUUUUAAAAUUAAAAGCUUGCUCACUUUCAAAACGGUUGCAAUAAAAUCACCAUCAUGAUGUGAUUGCAUUAAUCUUACUCAGCCUUCAGUUCGGAACACCAUCUACCAAUCAUAUAAUCAGCAUGUUGCGUGUUGUUCUGUCAUCUUUGCAGCAAUUUCAUGUCCCAGUUUAAGCAACCCUGGCAACGGAAACGUGGCACUGAGUUCGGGGCUUGUUUUGGGAAGCACCGCAACAUACACUUGCAAUAAUGGCUACCGAGGCUCAUACGGAAGCUCAAAAUACUACUGCCAGGCAGAUGGGCAAUGGUCGGGUAAAAUACCUACCUGCACACGUAAGUGUAUCAGACACUGUAAUAUUGAAAGGUGACAAAGUUUUAAAAUGUUACAAUUGAUGCCAAACUUUUUUCCAAGAAUAUAUAACUAAUUAUGCGCUGAUCAAGAACCCAACAUUUCAACUUGACCAGAAGCACGUGCACGACAUUGCCAACCUGACCAGAAGCACCUGCAUGACAUUGCCAACCUGACCGGAAGCACGUGCCCGACUUUGCCAACCUGACCAGAAGCACCUGCAUGACAUUGCCAACCUGACCGGAAGCACGUGCCCGACUUUGCCAACCUGAUCAGAAUCACGUGCAUGACAUUGCCUCUUAAUUAUGGCUCUUGAUACCGAUAGAGCGGCAUUAACAGAGGAUUGCAAAAAUAUAUGCAGUAGAGGAUCCAGGAUUUAUUGAUCGGAGGGUGAUUCAGAAUCUUUUAUAAAAUAAAGCCUAGAUAAGCUGAGACAUCUUUCUAGGAAAAUAAUUUUAGAUACUUCAAAUUAAGUAGUUUCUUGUAAUACGGCCAUGCAGGAAUUGUGGCCGUUACGUUUAAUGGAGGGGGGGAGAGUUUGGUUCCGGAUUCCCUGAACCUUCCUCUUGGGUCUGUCUCCCAUAUGUACAGGAAGAGUAGCCACACUCACGACUUGCUUCAUGGAAACCAUCAUGGCUUGAACAAUAAUGCUUAAUUCAAGUUUCUUGUAAACAUCUUUUUAUUCAAUCCCACAAAGACUGAAAGAGUUGUACCAAAACAAAUGAAUUUCUUUUUGUCACUAAAGGUGUCCAGUGUGCAGAAAUCGGAGAGGUAGAGAACGCCAAUCCAGUUGCUUUAACUGGGCAAGAUGGCGGAAAAAACGUUCUUAAUACCAAGGCAACCUUCUCGUGUAAAGCAAACUACGCUAUGGUGGGUGAUGCAGUUAGGACGUGUCAGCAAGACGGAACAUGGAGUGGAACUCAACCCAGAUGUAUCGGUAGGUUGUAAUCGCGCUCUUUUAGCUAAUGUAAAAGUUCUUAGUUUGGAAAGGAGUGCAGUGAGCAGAGUGCUCGCUUCCCACCACUAUGCUCCGGGUGCUAUUCCCGGACCUGGCGUCACAUGUAGCCUGAGUUUGUUGCUGGCUAUUUUCGUCCUUCAUCGAAGGAUUUUUCUCCGGGUUCUCCGGAAUUCAACAUUCCAAAUUCCAAUUCGAGUUAGAACCUGGCCUUAGGGCAGGUAAGAAAUAGAUUUCAUGCAAUAGAUGUCUUGAAAAAGGAAAGGAAGAGAAGAAUUUUAGAGUACACAGCAGACUCUGCCAAAAAGAUGUUGAGUUCACUUCGAUUACAAAUUCGUCGGCAAUUUUUGCUUGUGCCUUGUUUUAGUUUUCUUCUUUGAGAUGCACUCGUUUAUCUUUCCUUCCAUGUCUUUUUACAUUAGGUAAUCGUUGUGAACUAACUUCUUAAAACUCCUCGAUGAUUUAUAUCAAACGGAUACCGCACUCAGUUGAUAUAUAUAAUAUUUGCGCAACUGAAUAAGAAGGGUUACUUACGCUAAUCUCUCUAUCACAGCCGCUUUCUGUAGUCCAGUACCAGUCCCUGCUAAUGGCGCGGUUCAAGGUUAUCGGUAUGAACUGGGGGCUACUCUUCGCAUCACUUGCAACGAGGGCUACAAUAUGGUUCCAGCAAGCUCUGCAUUCAGGACUUGCGUUGCAGAUGGCAAAGGAGGAGGAAAAUGGUCAGAGACAGAUCCUGUCUGCGAAUGUAAGGGCUUUAUGAUAAGUACCUAUUGACUGAAAAGGAGGGCCGGACGGGAAAAUUUUUGGCUCGAGGUGAUGACGUAUUGACCGAGUACCAAAAAUUUUCCUCUCCGCUCCUCUCAGUCAGUCAACAUACAUUUUAUCAUCUGACCACUGCCACUCUCUUUCUUCCUCGUUCCUUUUUGCUCGCAUCUUCUGGGCCGUGCGGCUGUUUCCAGCCCUGCACACGCCGUAGUGCUCAGCCCUCAGACGUGGAACUUUAAUUUUGUAUUUUUUUUCUUUAAUUGAAAACGCGCGUGGGACUUAAUUGGCUGUUUGCAGCCUUGUCGGACUUAUAUGUGAAUUCCGCACGGUUAUAUGCAACCCGUAAAUCUAUCACCAUGAUAAAUGUCCAAAAUCUUCUGCGGAGGAACCGAGUACAUCUACAUAUAACAUUUGUAUGGAACAGUACAAGAAACACACGAACGCCAAUAAAAAUUUAUGUGGAACAUUCUGAUUGUUAGAUAAUAUUCUCAGUGUACUCUUGCGACAAGUUUCGUAUCAUAUUUUAUGAGCUGAAUGGGAGUAGUCGGCCAAUCAGAAAGCGGACUUUCAAAAAGCCUACUUUUAUCAGCUUGAUGUACGUCCAGUUUUAUUUUUGCAGAAGAACCGAGUGCAUAUGCAUUUACAUGCAUCAUUUCUAUGGUACAGUAUAAUAAAAGGGUGUAAUUCAAAUUAUCUUUUGCUCUCUCUUCCAAAUCUAGUGGUAGACUGUGGUGACCCAGGCGACCCUUACGGCGGAUACCGUCAUCUAGCAAGUGACACUAAGUACCAGGCCAAAGUGACAUACACCUGCAAAGCAGACCAUCAUUUGGAGGGAGAUGAAAGCCAAACGUGUCAGGCUGACGGACAAUGGAGUGGAACAAAACCUGUUUGCUUAGGUAUGCACAGUUGACUUAAUAAAAUAUUUCUCAUGACAAGUUUGCGAUGGGCAACUUUUUCUUAGUACCAAACAAAAAAAAUAUUGAUUUCCUACUCGGGACGUUUCGUUUUGUGCCGAAAAAAGCAUUUCUGAUUCCCUCCGUGGAAUCUCCUCGAAAAGAUUACUACAUAUUCCAACUAUAGUGCCGUCCAUCUAAAGACAUCUUUUUGUGUGAACAACUUAAAAAAUGAAUGAGCAACAAUUCUGUGUGAUAACGGGUACUACAAAAGAAUCCACAAAUUACCUUGGUCUUCCUGUUGUAAUAACAAGGCCAAUAGGCCAACUGACAGACGUGUACAUAGCUGCUAAGCCUUUGAUUUGGAGUGAGGCUGAAGGUGACCUUGUUGUGAUAGAGACCAGUGUCUAGUUAGCAUGAUAAAAGAGAGAUUUAAAUUUGAAAAGCAGCAAGUUUGUAUCAUAACAAGGUCACCCUUAGCCUCACUCCUGUUCAAAGGCAUGACAACCAAGCACACAACGGUAAAAUGAACUAUUAUGGUGGACCGAUGGUGAAUCGUUUGACUAAAAGAACUUAUUCCACUUUCACACCAACAAAACAUGUUUAGAUAAACCGGGUUUAACUGAAUGAAACUCUGAGACAGUGGACUGAAUUUUUGACUGAAUUAGACUGAAUUGUUCAUAAGAUUCAAGUGGUCACUAGCUCGUACUCUCAAUGUGCUAAAUUUGAAGUCGAAAAACUUAAUAAAGUUUUAAAACCAGUGUUUAAAACAAAUGUUUAAAGAGUGUUUAACAAACGACAUUAAAAACGUGUUUAAUUUUUUUUUAUGAAUGAUGUAUUCCUUGGGCUUGAUAAAUACACUAACCACAUUUUUUACAUUAAAAUCUUUUGUCGAUAUCACUCAAAGAGCGAUCCUGUGGUAACCCUGGUACUCCUACAAAUGGAAAGAAGAAUUCCACCAAUUACAAGUAUGGGUCUGUCAUCAGUUUCAGCUGUGAUGUCGGUUACAAUUUGGUGGGAUCUCAAACUCGGACGUGUCAGACAAAUGGAAAAUGGACUGGAACACAGCCUACAUGCCCAAGUAAACGAACUGAUCUUUUUAUAUUCAUUUUUUGCAAGAGCUUAUGAAUAGGAAGUUUUGUUUCAAGGGUGUGGCCAGGGGGUCCUGGGGUGCUCGUGACAACCCUCUCCCUUUGUGAGCCUUUCUUUGUGACAUCGAGUAAAACACAGCGUGGAGGUCGACACGAGAAUCUGGUGAACACCUGGUGUGACCCCCUUUUAAAAAAUCCCGGCUACGCUCCCGUGUUUCCAUUUGCUUCUUGAGUCAACCCUUUCCCAUUAGCAGCUUUUAAAAAACAUUGGUUCAAAAUAGAGCGUGUUCGGUAAUAACAAACUUUGAAAUAAGAUUAACACUGUAGCACAAAUUAUUUCUUGGUGCUCAAACGUGCUGAGGCCGUGGAAACACUCUCUUAAUUCCUGCGAGCCUGCGUGUAGGUCGUGCGAAACUGCGUGAAAGGGAUUUUGGGACAUUAAGACGCGAUUGUCAUACGAGAUGAUGAACGUAUCAAUCAGUUAGCUUCUUGUAUUUCUCCUUACAACCCCUCGUUAAAUUCAGGGUGGUUCUUAUAGAAGAGAGAGAUGAGAAAAAAGAAUUAACGGUGGGGGGGGGGUCUAUAUCUGAUGUAUCCAGCCGGGGUAUGUACAUAUCUAAAAAACAAAUAUUUGUUUUAUUUGCAGUCGUUAGCUGCGGUGAUCCUGGCGCGCCGGCCAAUGGCGUCAGGUACGGAGACACAUUUACCUAUCAGAGCGUUGUAAUUCUUGAAUGUGACCCUAAGUACAAACUUGUUGGAGACCUCACUAGGACUUGCCAAGCGAAUGGACAGUGGUCCAAAUCCCAACCCACAUGCCAAUGUAAGUAGAUCAUUGAUGUUCCUUAUUCUGUGUGUGAUACGACAUUCUUUUUGGAAUAUUCUUGGGUUGGGCACGCGCGUAAUAGAACCAGACUUAGCCUUACAGUCUCUUGGGCGGUAAGCGAGAGACCAGUCAGGACAAGAAGAGGUGAAACAGGGUUUUAACAUGCGUGAGAGGUAACAGGCAAUCCUGUCGCUUAAAAGAUAUUUGUUGUUCAAGUAACAAAAAACUGUAAGCCCCCAAACUACCCACCCGCUCUGAAUCUGCCACCUAACCUUCAUUAGAUAGAAAGAGAACCAUUAAUUGACCAUCUCCGUAAUCUGCUCAUAGCAACGAGCUGCGGCACAUUUUUAACCGGACCAAGCGGGACUGUCAUAUCGACAAACUAUCCUGGAAAUUACAACGACAACGAAUACUGCACAUGGCAGAUUCAAGUUCCGGUGAACAAGAAAAUUAGACUCGACUUCACUGAAUUUAAGACGGAGACUGGGAAAGAUUUGUUGAUGAUCUACGAUACAAGUCGCUAUGAUAGUCCGAUUAUCGCAUUUGACGGAACCACUUACAAACCACCGCCGUUCACCUCAUCUGGAAAUGUCUUACGAGUUCGAUUCAUCAGUGAUGGAGCCACCAAUAGGAAAGGAUUUAGUUUCAACUACAAGCAAGUCGGUAAGUACACAAUGUUCAGUUAACUUUAAUUAGCCGAUUAACUAUUCUUCUCUUUCUGAUCGCUUUCACGAAGGGCUAACGCUCGAAACGUCGACUUUAGAAAUCCCCUACGGCAGCCAGUUUACGUUAUCAACACAGGUGAUAAAACCAACUGACGUAGCACAACAGUUUAUUUAGAUGCUAACUCCCUACUUCCUCUUAUUUAUCUUAUGGUUUAUGCAUUUGAGGCUGAAUUUAACUUACAUCGUAACCGGAGUCGCAGGAGUAAUAAGAGGCGGAUAGAGAUUCGAUGCGGUGAAAAUUAAACCAACGGAAUCGGAAGGCGAGUGCAGAUGCCGAUUGUGAAUCUGCGAAAAUUGAAUUGCUGGAGGCGUAGGCGAUCGGUUGGCCUGAGAACUUGCAUUGUGACUGGUUGAUUAUUCUGCGUCUGCUUGCGACUCCGACAAUCUAGUUUUCACCAAAAGAAAUGGUGAAGUCUUCUGACUUCUAUUCCGUCAAACUUCAUUACUCGGCAUGAGACUCCAAUUCUCAUCUGUCACAAAGCUGGAAGCGCUUUUAGGACUUCGGACACGAUUUCGACUCUGACUCUGAAUUAAGGAAAAAUCAGCCAAUAGAAAGUAAGAGAUAUUAAAAUGUUGGAGUAUGAAAAUGAAUUAUGAAAACCAUUCCUUAAUAAGGGUCUUAAUGGGGUGACGGCUUUUACAGCUAACGAUUAAAACGUCGGCUAAAAAAUUGGUUAAUCUUUUACGCCAGCUGACUAAAGGUUGAUCCCUUUGAGACCUUCCUUAAUGUGCUGUGAACGAUAGAUAAGGAGCUCAAUUAGUUUUAGCUUGCUUCAAGGGAAUAUUGUCAUCAGAUGAUGCGUUCUUCUCUCACUUAAUUCCCUUAUUGCACUAGACACAAAUUGCGGAGGCACAUAUGAGGAGGGAAGUGGCACCAUCUCGUCCCCAGGCUUCCCUGGCGGUUACGCCGACAAUCUUGAUUGUAUGUGGCUGCUUUAUCGCGCCGUGGAAUAUCCUGAGUUUAUCUUCACUGAAUUCGAAACGGAAAGUAACUAUGAUCUAGUGUCUAUCUCCAGCGGGAGGUGAGUUGCAGUUAUCAUACCUCAUACCUCAGUUACCCUAAUCGCUCUGACGAAGGGCUAACGCUCGAAACGUCAGCUUUUUUACCCUUUACGGUGGCUAAUUUACGUUUUCAACCCAGUUGCUAACACUAAAUUACCUACCGAUAUAUUCGCUUAGUACCUUGCACUUUGUGCUGUAAUGAAAACUUGUCUGAAUAAAUAAAUAAAUAGAGUAAUGCCAGAUCAGUACAACGACAAUAACAACGAUAUCUAAUAUACUUUUCUUUUGGAGUCAUUUGCAACUUUUUCUGGCCCACGGGUAGCCAAUGUUAGUCUUAGCAGGCCAGUCUAUAAAAAUCUAAUUACAAACAGUACAAUACAACAAGAGGAAAAAGAAACACAAAUAACGAAUAGUUUAUAAAAUGUAAAACGAAGGAAAGAAUGGAAGCAUUUACUUGAGAUAUUCAUUUCAAUAAUCAUCUCACAUAUCACACUUUUUUUCUUUACCUCUUACUUUUCACGUUUGUGAUUUUCUGAUGUGCAUCAAUAACUGAAUCUUCCUCUUGGAGAACGCUGAAUAGUAUGUUUUGUUUCUUGAAUUCCAAUGAAUUUUUUUGUAGCGCUCUCAAAAACCAUGUAAUCUCAAGCAAGCUACGAAGGAACUAUAACUCUCAAUUUGUUUUUUUAUUACACAGGUUUGCCGAAAAGACGUUGACGAACGGAUGGGGAGGGCAUGCCCUUCCGUCGGGUUCUUUUUACGACGAAUCAAAUCACUACCUUUGGGUUCGAUUUACCACCAACGGCGGAAAUGGGGAUGGACGAUUCCACAAAGGGUGGAGUGGGAAAUACCAGAAAUACUAUCCUUAUGUCAACAAGAAGAAGAGAAGAAAGUAAUGCGGCA